AUGUUGAAUCCAGACGACAAGAAAGACGAAGCCUUUUUGGAUGCCAAGCCAGUGAUUGUCAACUCUCUCAAGGCACCUCACUUUAACCCAAAGCGAGUGAGUUUAUGGUUCGCGCAGCUCGAAGCUCAGUUUGCGAUCCACGACGUAGCAACUGAGAGAGAGAAAUUCAACCACGAAGUUUCUCUCAUUGAUACCGAGUAUGCAUGUAAGGUUGAGACCCUCAUCAUCAAUCCAUCAACGAUGACGUCAUACGCCGAGUUUAAAGUCACGCUCAUCACGUGUUACUCAAAGUCAGAAGAAGCCAAACUGCGUCAGCUCCGAAAUGGCGAAAUGAUCGGUGACCGAUCACCUUCGCAGUUCCUCCGCCAUCUUAAAUCGCUCGCAUCGACUAUUGAUGACGCGGUCCUGAAGGCAAGACGGCUGGCAAACUUGCCCAAGAAGACACAAGAGGUUCUAGCCAUCUCUCCGACCACAGCUACCAUCGACGAGUAA